AUGGAGCAAAACCACUACCAUGUGUUGGGCGUGGCCAGCGACGCCGACGCAGCGCAGAUCAAAGCAGCGUACAAGCACCAGUUAUUCGAGCACCACCCAGACAAGGCUGGCAGCGCUGGCGACGACGCGAUUCCCAAGAUCCAGCAGGCCUACCAGGUGUUGUCGAGGCCAGAGCAGCGAAGGAGGUACGACGAGAGGCUUGUACAGCAGAUGAAGCACCGGGGGGUGGUGAGCGACGGCGACGGGUUGGACGUGGUGGAUCUCGACUCGUUUAGUGUGCUUGAGGACGAGAUGGUGUGGGUCCGGAGCUGCCCCAGAUGCCGCAACAAAGAGGGCAUGGUGCUCGCCGAGGAGGACUUGGAGAACAAUGCUUCUCACCAGCACAGCGAUAGUGCUUCUCGUGACAACGACAACGACAACGAGUACAGCAUCGCAGUCCAGUGCAGCUCCUGUAGCUUGUGGGUCCAGGUUCGCUACUUCGACUCCAUGUGA